UUGACAUUGGUGAACAAAAACAUCGACACGCUGACAGUCCAGCUAGAAGCUCAAAGGCCCACCUAUUCCUCUCUUCUCUGCAUCCAACAUCCAACAAGUUGCUCCAUUUGGAAAACUACUUUCUUGCGCGCUCCCACGCCGCAGUCUUUGUCGUUUUUUGUUUUGUUUUUUGUUUCUCUCUCUUUUCAAUGGGAAUUUCAGUCGGACUCUUUCUUGCACGAUAAACCACUACUCUGUCUGGUCAAGGGGUGGUUUUCACAUGGAGUUUAAUAGUCCAGUAAAACUACAACUAGUGAUGUUUUGGUGCGUAAAGGAGGGGCGCAUGCCAAAGUGAGCGUAUGCCCCUGGAAGAAAUUGGACCAAAGAUGUCAACAUUGCUUUACCACCCACUCGAAAUCGAUUGUAUUACCUUCAAGAAGGUGGCUCCUCGUAUAAAUAGGGACGCAUUAUUUCAAGAAAGACGGUGGUGAGCACAAUCUGCUGGCUGUUCUCUCUCUCUCUCUCUCUCUCUCUCUCUCUCUCUUUCCUAUCGGGGACCACAGACAACGCCUGGAGGAAUUUGCUGAAGACAACUGUGUCCACUCUCCAGGACAUAAGCAUCUUUACCGCCGAAACUAACAGUGAAGUCAUGCAGGUGGAGAGGAAAUGGCACAUACUGUUGACUAUCUUCUUUCUGCUCAUCACCUCGGGCCAGUGCAUGGACAGCAAGGAGGUCAAGCAGAAAGAAAGAAGGACCCUGUUGGAUCUAAUCUUACAGGUUAUCAGAGACAGCCAGCUACGGGACAAACCCGCUUCCAGGCGCUGUAGCAGUGGACUCUUCACAUCAGCCCAAGACAUGAAGUUCUCCUCCCCUGAAAAGCCUUUCUAUGUUCCAAGGCUGGAUAACAGUAGACUCAUAGAAAUUGUUCCUAGAGAUGUAAACAUGAAAGGCAAAUUCAUUAAGCAUUUCACAGCAGGACCAGUCAAGUUCUCAUCGGAGUGCAGAACACACUUUCAUAGACUUUAUCACAACACAAGGGAUUGCUCAAGACCAGCAUAUUACAAAAGAUGUGCAAGAUUGCUAACACGAUUAGCAAUGAGUCCACUCUGCAUGCAAUCGUAGAUAUUGCAUGUUCCAAAAUAAUGCACGAGGGAUCAAUGUGUUGCCAAGGAAGUGCCUUCAAAUCCACAGCAGUCAUAUGAACAUUGUUGUGUUUAUAGUGUUUCUAUUUUUGUUGUUCUUGUCAUUAUUGAUAAUGUUGAUGGACAUUACUGGUUGUUUUUGAAUGGAAUGCUUUUUAUUUUAAUGUACCAGUAUGUACCAUAUAUUUGUAAGAAAACAUUAAUUUAAUA